CUCUACCUUACAACAACAGCAACAACAACAACAACAACGACCAAAGGAUCAUGGACACUAGCCACCAUCACAACCAUGUCGGUUCCCCAUCAUACUGCCCUUAUCCCAACUGGAUGGAUACUACACCGUAUCCAAGUCCCUACCAUCACAGCACCGGAUAUGACAUGAGCCCCAUGCUCGACCGAGUGGAUACGCCGCCCUAUUGCGACAGUGCUCCAAGCACCAGUGGUACUUUUACACCAUCGGGCACUCAUGCUGCUGCUCAUGCUGCUGCUUCUGCUGCUGGUGGCGAUAUGUCCAUCGACACCGUGUUUGCCGAAGGCCCUCCUUCUGUCUUUUCAGAUCAUCCACACACGCCUCCUCUUAUGCCAUCCUGCAACUCUCCUGCUGCAGCGGCGGUGAUUGUGACAUCAGCAGUAGCAGAACAACACCAACACCAGCAAACGUCUUGGUGUGAGCCAACACUACCACUACCACCGUCAUGCGCUUAUUCUUCGUCUUCUUCGUCCAUGCCCCCAACUCCGCCUGAUCCUACAGCGAUGCCUGGUUUCUUUGCACCUGGAUUAAUGCCUCCUCCAUUGCCAUCCGUCUAUCCAUGCAUGCCGCCUCCGACUACUACUACUCUUCUUCUCGGUCGUGCUCCUCCUCCUCCUCCUCCUUCUGCUACUGUCACUGCUCCUACUAGGGCAUCAUCAAGCCUCAUCAUCAAGCGCAAGUCAAAGCGAGCGGACAAGCCCAAGGACAAGAAGAAAUGUGCCAACUGUGGAGCAACAAAGACGCCAACAUGGCGACGUGGCCCAGUAACCCGAUGGCUCUUGUGCAAUGCCUGUGGCCUCUAUGAAAAAGUAAGCCGAAAACGUCGGGUAGUGACAAUACAGCCCGAUGGUAAAACCAAAAUUUCACGCGGCGCUUUGAACGGUCAGCAGCAAGAAGACCAAAAACAACAAUGCUCUCGAUGCGCAGUCCACACGGCCAAGCGCUGGCAUGAGCGUACGCUUUUCAAUGUCGUUGCUGCUGCUGAUGAAAACACCCUUGACAAUAACAGCAGCAGCAACAGCAACAAGAAACAACAGCAGCGAGCAGGACGUCAAUCCAAAGAAAUCUUGUGUGAUCGAUGUGCACGGUCUACAACAGCAAUGGUAUCACUACCAAUAUCCAUGUCAGCAGCAUCAUCCAAUUAA